CAAGCUUGGACCACUUUGAUCGCAAUCCGCACAAGCUCCAUGUCCGGCCAGUUACGAUCAACCCGGAAGCUAAAGCCGUCGCGCCCGCUCCCUCGUGAGCCCAAUCCCUGGGAAGGCAUCCCCCGGGCAUGUCUGGGCGAACUACGGAGCAUUUCUAAUCUAGAUCCAGAGACUGUCACUCAAUAUAUUCCACACGCAUAAAAGUAUAUGCAAUACACACUUUCAACUUCAAAACCAGCUGUCGGCGCUGCAGACGCGUCAUAAUCCCAUCCAUCCCAUCUAUUUACCUUAUCUUUGCACUUUACCAACCAACACCCAGCGGCGCCAUAGUCUCAACAUACCAUACCGCUACAUGUGUUGCGGAAAGCCGAGCUAUCAGAGCUGUCAUCCGUCGUUAUCCACUGCAUCCUACAACCCCCGUACACAGCCUUGGUUCGGCACAUAUUCAAACCCACCUCGACCCGCAGUCCAACCAACAAGCAAAGCAAGCAAUGGAUCGAAUCAAAGCCCUCCCAGAGAGGACGGCAUACACGGUUCUGCUGGCCCUGUGCAAUGACCCGUCCAUCCUGAAGCGCGCCGUCGAGUUUUCAGAACUGCUUCAACCACCACCCGAAAGCGCACACUACGAACCGUCAGCUUCACAGUCACAAAGGAAGAAGCGCAAGUCGCCCAUGGUUUACACUGAGGAUUAUGAGGACGAGGACGAGUUUGAGUGCGAGCGCUGCAGCGAGACUUUUCUCCGCAGUCAGGAUCGGGAAGGCGCAUGCGUCUAUCAUGAAGGCGAAGUAGAACCGGAUUACGACGGCUUCUGGGAAGACCUGGAAGACUUUGACGAAGACAACGACGGCCCGAUCGACACGGAUGAGAUGCGCCAACGCUUCCCACAGGGCUUUUUCUGGGACUGCUGCGGGAAGAAGCUUAGCGACCAGGGGAGCGGUUGCCGAACUGGCUCCCACAUGGCCCGCAACGGCGGCAUCAUGAAGCGAUCUCGUGUUUCCAUCGACGAAGACACGCCUGACAUAGUACUCAGCCCCGAACCGCCGCAUUUGCGUCAAACACUGCACUCACAGCAAACACCGUCAGAUAAUCCAUAUUCGUUCGUUGACAACUCGGACGAUGACGACCUGGUGGAGCUGGACAUGCAACCUGUUGGUGGCAGCGGUUCCAGUGCAACGUCUUCUGGAAACAACACUGUUCAAGCCACGAGAUACAUUGAGAUCAACGAGGUUGUUGAGAUUGACGGUGAUAGCGACGCGGAUACCAACGGCCAUCAGUAUGAUUCAGGACGGGAGAAGACGUAGCGCUUGACUACAGACUAUCGGUUGCAUAUUUUACCCCAGUAUCUACCCUGGCGCAACAUAAUCUUAUUACUCUACGUUUUCAGCGUCAAUGGUCUAUGCCCGACAGGUGGACUCAUGCGAAUCAAUUCUGCUCUUCCAGCACUCGCAUGGCAAGCAUUGUACGAGGCUAUUUUCUCAUUAGACGACCGGGUUAAAUCUGCCCUAGAGGCGCCACAGGUUAGGGCACGCCUAGCUGCCAUCACGAGGAACUCCUUCAGACCCAAGAACGCAGGAAAGUUGAGUUUUGGGUGGUGGGACCACAUGAGACGUUUACCAGCGGCGUUUUCACAAGCAUGGCCCAAUGGAUUUUGUUCUUGCUAUCAGCAGUAAGCUUUUUUUUCAAAGCGCCGCAGCAGCAUGCCGCGGACGGUCUAUGACAAUGUUGCUCAGACUGGCGACCACAGAGUUUUGUGGAGAAGGAAGUGAUUGUGAUUUAGUCAGUACACGGAUUAGAGUUUGGUUAUCUGGGUACCAUUAUUGGCUCUGCUAAGCUGGUGGCCAGGAUCAACCCAGGUUUUCAGCGCUAUUUUGCGCCAGCGAAAACAUCCACAGGAGCGCAAUAUCGCGAAGGCCUCUUGAUACUUAGAAUGGUAGUAUUAUUCAAGAAUUAAUAAAAUAGGUAUCGCAGCUUUUUUUUCCGCCCCCAAGAGCAAAAACAAAAAACGCCACACGCAAAAUGUCCCCAAGAUGCCGCUAACGCCUCGUGUUCGAAGUAAAGGGCGUGUGUUCAUCGUCGCCGCCUCUAUGAUACUCUUGUGCCGGCAGCUCGCUCGUCGUGUUGUACGAUGUCGGCAUCUCAGCAGGCGUAUUGUCAUAGUACGGCGUGGGCAUCUCGGACGGUGAAGUGCCUGGGACCUUGUAAUAUUCACGAUUGUUCUCGCCGUCUUGGUACAUCUUGUUGUCGUGCGGCCCGCCUCCGUGCGCAGCUAUGUGCGAGUAUCCAAUUGGCAGCUCAGAUGCGUCGCUGCGGGGUGAAAACGGUAGGCCGUUGUGGCCUGGCAGCUCGCUCGUCCCCGGCGACUGCGCAUUGGCGGCCGCCACGUUGUCGGCUUCUUUUCUCUUAAUGCGCCUCCAAAUGAGGAAACCGACCAGACCGAUGAUGGCCAGGGCCGCAACAAGACCGACUACAACGCCUGCUAUGGCACCCGGCCCAAGAGCAGGUGAGGACGAGCCCGAGUUGGAAUUGCCAGACCCGCCGCCCUCUGCUGCCCCUGCUGCGUUGGUGGCGGCUGGAGGACUAUCCGUGCCGGACGUCACUGAAGAAGCUCCUGAGCUGGUCGUCGUUGUUGAGGCUGAAGUCGAGGUGGUAGUUGUGGCCGGUGUCCUGGUGGAGGCGAUGAUCUCUGUCGGUGUGAACAUCAAAGAGCUGGCAUCAGGGUUUUUUGACGCCAGAGACGAGUAAACGGCCUCGAGGGAGGCGACGCUGAUAUUCCGCAGCGUGUCGUAUCCGGUGCUCCAGCAAAUGUUAAUUUGGUUUUUCGUUUCGGUGCACUUUUCCUUGCCGUUGGCCAGGCAGCACCAGCUGGUCGUGCCCGAGCCGCAGGCCAUGGUCGAGCCGUCGCCCUGGCACGUUGUCGAGCCGGUCCAACACACGGCGGUAGACCCGGCGUCGCAGCAGUAGCUGCGGCCCGUGUUGGGAUCACGGGCGCAUGCAUUUGGGGCGACACAUGUGAAGGGGUUAGUUGGGCAUGUGUUUUUGGUCUUGUUGGUCGCGAAGUACCAGUUGUCGUAGUAGUCGGUCAUGGUGACGACUGUGAUUCACCCCUCUACCUCGUUAUAAACUUUGGUUCGGUCCGCUUUUAUUCUGCGUGUUUGAGCUAUGAUAGCGGGAUCUCGUGGACUUGUGUGACUGUUUUUUUUUUUUUUUUUUCUUGCAGAUUGACCAAAAAACAA